GGAGUGGUGUCAGACUGCAUCUUGCUGUCUAAAGAGGUGAUAUUUCACAAUGAGGCGUGCUGCAUCUUUUCUGGUGUUGCUGCUCUGUCUGUACUGGACGAGGGCUCAGGGUGAGAGUGGAGGGGUGACAGGGAAUGAUAUCACUCAGACGGAGGUUCAGUCUGAGAUCCUGGGUGUCAUAGCAACCAGUGAUCAGACCAACAUCACCCCUGACAUCUGGGCUGAGCUGAAGGAGCUGAGAGACAUGGCCAUCGAACACAGUGUGGAGCUGAGCAACAGCAAGAGCAAGAUGGAGAAGCUGGAGCAGGAGAAUACAGCCAUACAGGCCAGACUGACAGCCAGUGAAAAUGAGGUGGUGAAGCUCAAGAUAGAGAACACAGAUCUUCAAUCCAGAGUAACAGCAUUUGAAGAUAAGAGCACAGUGUUGGAGGCCAGAAUGAACGCCACUGAAAACGAGGUGGAGGAGCUGAAGAGACAGAAUGCAGACCGACCAAAGGUGGCGUUCUCACUUGGUCUGACUGAUGCUGGACAAGUUGGACCCUUCAAUACUGACAUCACACUUAAGUUCAGUAAAGUCUUCACCAACUUUGGUCAGGCCUACAGUCCAACUACAGGUCACUUCACAGCCCCAGUCAGAGGAGCCUACUACUUCUCAUUCACUACAGUGGAUAACCGGAUCUACGUAGGGAGUGUUGUUUAUCUCUAUCACAAUGACAAGAGAGUGUUGUGGAAUCAUGAUUACAAUGAUGAAUAUGGCCACACCAAUCUUUCUAAUUCAAUGGUUCUUCAGCUGGAAAAGGGGGAUGUGGUGUACAUGGUUUUACCUGCCAGCUAUAGUGUAUACGAUGAUAGGGAUGAUCGUUCUACCUUUAAUGGAUUUCUGCUUUUUCCACUGUGAGACUAAAACGUGAGAAUUUCUUUAUCCCCCACAUUUCUUACAUAGUCUACAAACAAGUCAUACAGUAUUCAUAUGUAUAUGAAAGGAUGCACAUUGUUGCUGUGUUGGCUUUGCUCUGCAACAAACUACAUUUGAAAUAAAAUAAUGACAAUGAG